AAACGUAAACAGUUUUCCCGUCAUCGAAACAUUGACUGGUCCACAGAACGAAUGUUGCCAUAUACCUGAAGUUCAUAUGCAUUCAAAAUGCGAAAUCAACUUCUGUUUUUCGCAUUUAUUACCGUUUUCUCAACCGUGUCCCUCGCCCUAUUCAACUUGAUUUAUCGUACCUCGAAGGUAGUAGUUGAUGAGGAGUUCCAUCUGCGCCAGGGCGAGCACUACUGCCAUGGACGAUUUGAAGUUUGGGACAACAAAAUCACAACCUUUCCGGGACUGUAUUUGGUGUCAGCUUCGUUCCUUGGUCCAUUCCAAGCCUGCUCGAUCUAUCACCUUCGCAUGAUCUCGCUGAUAGCAUCCAUAGCCAACGUGUACCUGAUCUACAUCAUUCGCAAAGUGGUUUUAGCCAAUCGGAGCAGUGCGUAUCUGCUCUUGGAAUCGAUUUCGUUAGCAACACUUCCUCCGCUGUAUUUCUUCUCCCAUUUGUACUACACCGACGUUCUAUCGGUUACCAUGGUGCUCACCAUGCUGUACUUCAGCCUCAAAGGGAUGCACAACUGGGGAGGGAUUGCGUCUUUUAUGGCCAUUCUGAUGCGACAGACCAACAUCGUGUGGGUGGGAAUGGUGCUUGGAACCCAAGUCAUCAAAACGGCAAUCGAUCUUUGUCAGGCGGAUGGAAAAGGCGUCAGCAGAAAAGGACGUCAUUAUGGCUUCACGGACUUGUGGAAAACAACAAAUACUCUGAUUAAAAGACCUAAAACGAUGAUGGCUCUGAUCAGACGUAUAUUACCUCAAUAUUUCGGAUAUAUUAUCAAUGUUGUGGGUUUUGUGCUUUUCCUGAUUUUGAACGGAUCGAUAGUCAUUGGAGAUAAGUCAGCACACGUUGCUAAGCUGCAUGUGCCACAGAUCUUUUACUUCUCACUGUUUUUGGCCGCAUUCAGCAGUUCACAUGUCCUAUCCGCCCUAAGGAGGGUGGUUCGCUUCCUGCGUAACAAGUGGCCACUGACCAUCCUUUGCAUGGGCCUCUUCGCCGCCGCCAUCCACCUGAACACCAUAGUCCAUCCGUACAUGCUGGCAGACAACCGUCACUACACAUUCUACAUUUGGAAUCGUUUCUUCGCACGCUGGUGGUUCGCCCGCUACCUUCCGGUCCCAAUUUACUGCGCCAUGUUGGUGUUAGUUGUGCUGAUGUUGCUACCAAGCAGCAAUAACCAUCAUCAAACGGUAGGAUUCAGUUUGCUCUGGGUAGUCGCCACCCUGGCAUCGGUAGCGCUACAGCAGUUGAUUGAGGUACGGUACUUCAUAUUGCCGUUCCUUAUCCUGAGGUUGGUGCAAACCAACAUUCGGACAUCGGCAAAACUACUUGCAUUGGAAGUUGUUGGGAACGUGGCGAUUAACGCUCUUACGAUCUACGUUUUUGUGAGGAAGGAGUUCUACUGGAGUAACUACCAGGAUGCUCAAAGAAUUAUUUGGUAAAGAAUUAAGGAAUAAAGAAACUUGUUCAUUUGUUGGAAAA